GCUAAGCGGAAGGCAAAAUUUUCGGAAACAGAUCCUCGUCUUCACUUUCAAAUGCGAUGCGGAAUUACCAUCUUUCCUCCCAUAAAUUAGCAGACGAUUAUUUUUUAAUAAUUUUAUAUUGAAUUAUUAAACUCUCUUAUGAGUCUUCAAAUUAAAAUCAAAUAUGAAUUGUUACAAGAAGCUCUGCUAUCAAAAAAAAUUUGCAUUUUCUGUUUAAGAGCAGACGAUUUUUAUCUUAGUUUUUUUACUGUGCUAUAGACUUGAAAUUUAAUUAUUAUUUCAACUUCUAUAAAUCGUUUGCACUUAUUAUCUGUUAUUAUUUCAACAUUAUCGUCUGCUUUAAUUAUCAUCAAUUUGCAAGUUCCAUUACAUCUUGUUAGUGGAUGGGAUAUGGCUGUGUUGGUACGAAACAAAUUUGCGGCAUAUGCAAUUCGAUUUUUUAGAAGAAUUAUUGAACUGAUAUCAAGAUUUUUUCUGAUUCUAAAACAUUGUGGUCGUAGAAAAAAGCUAGCGGAUAUAACAGAUCCAGUACUAUUGGAAUCAGCAACGAGUUUAGCUAAUAAAAUUCGGACAGGAGAAGUGAAAAGCUCAGAUGUUAUUAAGUCUUACAUAAGUCGAAUCCAAGCAGUUCAGCCAUUAAUCAAUGCUUACGUAGACGAAAGAUUUGAAGAAGCAUUUGAAGAUGCCAAAAAAGUGGAUGAGCUCGUUAGUUCUGGAUUGAAGACAGUCGAAGAGAUGGAAAGAGAUACUCCAUUUCUCGGAGUCCCUUUCUCUGCAAAGGAGGCUGUAUCUGUUAAGGGCCUUUUUGCGACCGGUGGAGCCGUAUUUCGCAAAGGGGCCAAAGCUGAAGCAGAUUGUGAUGUUGUGCAACUAUUCCGUGAGGCCGGUGCUAUCCCCUUGGUAGUCACUAACACAAGUGAAAUGUGUCUAUGGUGGGAGACAUACAAUAAGUUGCAUGGAAAAACGAAGAAUCCUUACGAUACUACAAGAACACCAGGAGGCAGCAGUGGAGGUGAAUCAUCACUGUUAACGGCUGCAGCUUCAGUAAUAGGCAUCGGAACAGAUCUUGGAGGAAGUAUACGGAUUCCAGCUCUAUUCAGUGGAAUAUUCGGGCACAAACCAUCAAGAGGAGCUGUAUCUAAUGGAAAUCAAUAUCCAGUCGUCAAAGAAGCUGUUCGUCAAAUGAUCGGUACUGGGCCCAUGUGCCGAUACGCAAUUGAUCUGCUUCCCAUGAUGAAAAUCAUGACAUCGGAUAAAAAGGACUUGCUGAAAUUAGAUGAUCCUGUUAAUGUAAAGAAAUUGCGUGUAUUUUACAUGGAAGAUGACGGAGGUUAUCCUUUUCGAACUCCUGUAUCCAGAGGAAUUAAAAAAGCUUUAAGAAAGGCAGUUAAUCAUUUCGAGGACAUCUGCGAGCAAGCACCACAGAAAAUCUUCAAAGAAAAACUGCAAGAUGCUGUUGAAACAUGGGUUUGCGUAAUUGAGACCCUUAAUGACCAGCAACUCUGCAACGAAAUCGUUGGCUACCAAAAAAAAUUAAAUCUCAGCAAAGAAGUUCUCAAAUCCAUGGCUGGUAAAUCAAAACAUACAUUCCCCAUUAUCUGUCUUGCAAUCUUGGAUAGAUACAUCAGAAAAUAUGAUUCGAAGUUAGCUGAGCCUUUCUUCAAGAUGAGAGACGAACUUUUGCAAGAAUUCAAUGAGCUUCUUGGCGAUGAUGGUAUAUUCCUCUAUCCAACUUACCCGGUCACUGCUCCAUAUCACAUGGAAAUGUUGUUCCGUCCUUUUAAUAUAGGCUAUAGCGUCAUUUUCAACAUUCUUGGUCUACCUGUUACCCAGUGCCCAUUAGGAAUGAGCAGUAAAGGUUUGCCUCUGGGAAUUCAAGUGAUUGGAGGUAUGAAUCGAGAUAGUUUAACAAUUGCUGCAGCAAGAGAAUUGGAAAAAGCUUUUGGAGGUUGGAUAAGUCCAUGUGAUAUUCGAAAAUCAUCAAUUAAAUUAACUGAAAUAGUAUAAAAAUCAUUCAUGUAAAUGAGUUCCACAAUGCACAAACUGAAGUAGUUUUGCGAUUGAGACUUUUAUCUAACCGGCAUUACUCAUUGACAAGAUAAGACUACAUUCGUGAGCAGGAUUUUGUGCAUAAGAUUUACUUUUUAGAACUUAUGCAAGCGCAUUACAUCAAUUUUGAGUAAAAAAUCUAUUUCAAAUGUUAGAUCUGAAUAGAUUUGUCGGGAAUUUUAAACAAUCUACGACUUUUAACAGUAUUUCUAAGUCAUACUGCCCCGUCAUCCUGCAAAGAAUGGAAGCGUGAAUUUGGGUAACUUCAUGUGAUGUUCGAAAAUAAUCGUUUAAACAUUUAAAGUAACUGGAAGUCAUACCCUUCGUGCAAGCAAAUUUCUCAAAGUGCAAAUUUAAAUACCUCGUUUGUGAGUAAAACUUUUCUUGAAAUCUGCAUUUGUCAUUGACAAGAUCUAGAAUUAAAAGAUCUACAUUUCAGCUCAGAUCCAUGCUGUGAGUAAGAAUUACUUUUUAGAUGUUACGCAUGUGUAUUACUUAUUUUGAGUUGAAGAUCUAUUUCAAAUGUAAAAUCUGGAGAGAUUUUCAGUGAAUUUUUAUCAGUAAUUUCGAUUUAUAGAAUCCUGCCAUCCUUUAAGGUAGAAUAUCUAAUUCAACUUAAAAAAAAAUAUAUUAUUGUACAUUUAAUGUUAUCUUGGAUAAAAAAAGAACUCCAUUUGCCAAAUAUUUUCAGUUCUAGAGCAAACUUUGCAAAAAGAUGAAUUUUUGUAACUGAUUAUGGAUAAUGAAUACGCAUGUCUGCUGCAACUGUUCAGCAAUAUCUUUAUGAUAUUUGAUAUAUUUAUGAUUCAGCAAUAUAUUAUUGAUAACUGAUAUAGUUAUUAUUACUUCAGAAAUUUAGUACCUUUGCUGAACUAUAUGCUAGAACCCAGGAAUGAAGAAAAAUUCGCAGUAGAGUUUCCUAAAUAAAGAUUUCAGCAAAUACAUGUCUUAAUACAACAAUUUCCAAUGCAAUGUUGUUAACUACGAUAAUGUAAAGCUUUGUUAUCUUAUUCUCAUUGCCAAAUAAUGCAUGCAUUGUUUAUUGUUCAAUUUUAUGUCAUAAGACUAAUUUAUUUACUCGUUAUAUGUUCCUUUUUAUAUUUAUGGGUGCAAAAGCGUUAUAAAUGCUUUCCUCAACCUUUAUGGAAAUAUUGGAUUCUCUAACUUAUUAGCAGUGUUUCUAACGUAAUAUUGUAGUUUGCUUGUAAUUAACUUAAAUAGCAACGUAUCGACGUUUUGAAGUUUACAGUUUUUAAAAAUUACAAUUUUCCUUUUUUUUUCCUCAAAUUUAAAAACGCCACUCAAAUGGCAUUUGAUAUAGUUCAAUCAUGUACCAUAAGAAAUAUGAAGAAAUAAUUUUCAUAUCAAUAGCGAAUUUUGAACUUAAACAUUAGAUAGAGAAUCAAAAUUCUCUAUUGAUGCAUAUGAACUUAAAUAACAAUAGAGAAUUUUGAACUUUCAUAUCAAUAGACAAUUUUGAACAAAUUUUGAAACUUAAAAAAAAUUUCUAUCUGUAAUUUUAAACAGAGAAAUUCCAAAGUAAUUUUUAAUCACCCAAGUUGAAAUAUUCUAAUCAAACACUAUUUAUUGCUGAAUAACUUGAUGCAAAAUGACAAAAACACUCAUUUAUUUCUCACAUUUGUAUGUCCAUCCAACAUUAAGUGAUUAACUUGAAUAUAACCAUUAUGUCAAUUGAGUCGUUGAUAAUGAUAAUGAUGAAAAUAAUUUACAUCAUUAUCAUAUCUGAAAUCUGAAUAUGUUUAAACGCUUUGGAAUUUACAGUCUACCAUAUGUAUUUUUUUUAUUUAAUCAUGUUACAGGUUUUUGUAUGUCAUGAAAUAAAACGCCUAACAAUUCUCAACAAAUAAACAUUUUUUGGA